AUCUGGAUUCAAAUUUUUCGGUGCAUGUGCAGCUCGUCCUCUUUUCUAGCGAUGACAGAUGGCUGCCAAAGCUUGUAGAAAAAGUGCAUUUGGAUACCUAAAAUUCAAAUAAAAGCAGGCCAUUCGAACACAUCGAUCGUUAGUGUGUCGCCAUCUCUGUCUAGCUGUGCUUUCGAGAGUGGUGACGUUUCCCCGAUCUACUGUACGUCCUUCACGAUGAGUAUCGCUAUUUGGAUUUUAGGCUUAUUUUGCCUGGUCGGUAUCGUGCAAUCGUACAAACUCACUGGCAUCAGAAGUGGCAAUAAGACUGACCUUCCAACUAUAUCCAUCAUCGGUGGAACUCCCGCUAGCGCCGGGGAAUUUCCUUACAUGGCUCUUCUUCAUUUGGAUGGAGCUCUGUGUGGUGGGACUUUGAUUGGAGAUUCAGUUGUCGUGACAGCAGCUCAUUGUUUAGGCAGUUCCAAUUCUAGUCUUCCCUAUUACACUGUGUAUCUAAACACAUUGUCAAUUGACGGUGACGGAGACGGCACAAUCGUCCGAGGAGUAUCUUCCUUUGUUAAGCAUGAAAACUACAGUGGCGGCUAUAACGACAUCGCUUUGCUGUUUUUGAAUGAAACGGUUACUACAAUCGCGUACGCCCCUCUUCCAGUAGACGAUUCACCCGUAGAACCAACCGAAAUUCCACCAACUACCAAAAAACCAACAACCAAAAAACCGACCACCAAAAGACCGACCACCAAAAGACCAACCACCAAAAGACCGACCACCAAAAGACCGACAACCAAAAGACCGACAACCAGAAAACCAACAACAACCAAACCUAGAACCACCAGACGACCAUCAAUGAGAGCUUUCCCUGAUUACUCCAACGCAGCAGCAGUGGUUACUGGAUGGGGAAUAAUCUCUAAUGAGGGAGGCGCGUCAAAGAAAUUGCUGAAGGCCGAUGUCACUAUUCUGGAUAACACAGUUUGCACCAGUCAAUACGGAAAUCUAUUCGAUGGCUUUGCUAUGUUGUGUGCCGGUGGAGACGGAACAGACACUUGCUCGGGUGACAGUGGCGGCCCACUUUUGGUCAACGGUGUUCUAGUCGGCAUCACCUCCUGGGGCGGUGCUCUAUGUGCUGAUCCUGAUCAUGCCGGCGGUUACACACGAGUUAGCAGUUACGUUGACUGGAUUGCAAACACCCAAGCGAAUAAUCCUAACUUAGUGUCCUAAAUAUUUGUGUUGGCUUUUGCCAAUGAACCCGAUUUCCCAAUGAACAGCUUUCACCGUUAUACAACUGAACUUGUUUUCAAAACCCUUUUUAUCUUUUCACCUUGCAUUCAACAUGUUUUUUAGUAUCACCAAUAUGCCUAUCAUAGUAGCCUAUUUUUAGUUUGAUUAUGCAUGCGUGAUAAAAAAAAAGUCCAUUAUAUUGGCUAAAUAAAUUCUUUACUGAGCAAGCAUAAA